CCUCGGCGGGUCUGAGGGCGGUGGCGGAGCAUGAGUUUGCCGCCGAGGCUGGUGCUCGCUGGAGAUCCGAGCGGUGCAUGCCUCUCCCCGGUCGCACUGUGAGGCAGCGGCGGUGGAGGGGAAGGGCAGCCGGAGGCAGGCCGGCGCCCCGUCUCGGAGGCUGGACAGCUCCGGGUUCGCGGGGGUCGCCGCUCCUCCGCCGGCGGGGAUCAUGGCAUCGCUGGCGGACAGAGUGCGGGACCAUGGGCGAAUCGCCGCCGGGCUUCUGUUCAACCUGCUGGUGUCCAUCUGCAUCGUGUUCCUCAACAAAUGGAUCUACGUGCACCACGGCUUCCCGAACAUGAGCCUGACCCUGGUGCACUUCGUGGUCACCUGGCUGGGCUUGUACAUCUGCCAGAAGCUGGACAUCUUCGCCCCCAAAAGUCUGCCGCCCUCCAAGCUCCUCCUCCUGGCCCUCAGCUUCUGCGGCUUUGUGGUCUUCACCAACCUCUCGCUGCAGACCAACACCAUCGGCACCUAUCAGCUGGCCAAGGCCAUGACCACGCCGGUCAUCAUAGCCAUCCAGACCCUCUGGUACCAGAAGCGCUUCUCCACCAGGAUCCAGCUCACGCUGAUUCCUAUAACUCUAGGUGUAAUCCUAAAUUCUUAUUACGAUGUGAAGUUUAAUUUCCUUGGAAUGGUGUUUGCUGCUCUUGGUGUUUUAGUUACAUCUCUUUAUCAAGUGUGGGUCGGAGCCAAGCAGCAUGAAUUACAAGUCAACUCAAUGCAGCUGCUCUACUACCAGGCUCCGAUGUCCUCGGCCAUGUUGCUGGUGGCCGUGCCCUGCUUUGAGCCAGUGUUGGGAGAAGGGGGAAUAUUUGGCCCGUGGUCAGUUUCUGCUUUGGUUAUGGUGCUGCUGUCUGGAGUAAUAGCUUUCAUGGUGAACUUGUCAAUUUAUUGGAUCAUUGGGAACACUUCGCCAGUCACCUAUAACAUGUUUGGACACUUCAAGUUCUGCAUUACUUUAUUUGGGGGAUGCGUUUUAUUUAAGGAUCCGCUGUCCAUUAAUCAGGGUCUGGGCAUUUUAUGUACGUUGUGUGGCAUUCUCGCUUACACGCACUUCAAACUCAGUGAACAGGAAGGAAGUAAGAGUAAACUGGCACAGCGUCCUUGAGUGUCUGGGCAAAGUGGAAGCUGCCCCGGGGAUAAAAAAUGCACAGUGUGCAAGGGGAAUAAGGAAUUCUGGUGCCAAAUGCAGUGACCAAUUUAAUGCAAGAAGUGACGCAAAGGAGAUUUUAUUCACAAAUAGGACUUUUUUUAAAAAAAAGAACAUUUUGCUUUCCUUUUUAAAUGUAACUCUCUAAAGCCAAAAAGGUUUAUGCUUUUUUUUGAAGAUGAUUAUAUGAAGUAGAUGGGGUGGUUUGGUUGUACCAAGUAAGCACAUGACAAUGACAGUUCUGACGUAAGGACAAGGGAGCUGUGCGGCAGGACUGUGUGUGUGUAAGUUUGUAUGACAGCCUACAGAUGGUGGCUUUCCGGGUUCCUGCGCUCCUAAGGACAGACGGGAGUCUUCUGCCUGCUAGUAGAUGCUUUUCCUUUCCCAGGGUGAGAUGUUUUACAGCUCUGGUCAAAGUGUUCAAGUCAGAACUGAAACCUAGCAUUUCUGUUUUAGUUUCAUUUUUUACUUUGCUUUAGUUGGAAUUUCUGAUUAUUUCAUUUAUAGAAAUGAAAUAUCUAUAGAAAGCAAAGUAUAAUGCAGAAGAUGAUCAUUAGACAAAACAAUUCUCAAAGUACUAUUUUUCUAUAGGAAAUGGAUGUCAGAAGUCAGACAUUAUAAAAAAAAAAAACGCUACUGUUUUAUAGGUCUUCUCUUGUUUUGGGGCUUUCAGUGGAUUCUGGAAAGUCCAUGUGGAGUUAAGAACCAAAAUAACACUGGUUAUUUGGACUGGCUCAGAGCAAAGAGUGGAUGGGAUGGAGCAGGUUUCUCACGAUCCCAGUAGCUGCCUUCCUGGCUUCUCUAAGCGUUUCAGGGUGAUCACAUCUUCAUCUCACUCCCCCCCCACUCCCUGCCCCGGGCGUGUGCGGCAUCCCUGCAGCGGCGUGACUUUGAAGAACUCCUUUCUAAAGUGACCGAGGAAGAUCGCUACGCAGCAAGUGAGGGCCACCACCCUGCAGACCCUGGGCAGAAACUCCAUGAAAAUAGGAGGAAAGGUGUGGAGGAAGUGAAAAAAUCAGUUAAUAUUUAACUGGUUCUAUGAGUUUUUAAAGGGAUGAUUUUUUUAAAAAAUUGGGGUGCAGAGUCUGGUGCUGUGGAGUAGUAGGUUAAGCUUCUGCCCAUGGUGCCGGCAUCCCAUAUGGGCACCGGUUUGAGUCCCAGCUGCCCCUCUUCUGAUCCCGCUCUCUGCUAUGGCCUGGGAAAGCAGUAGAAGAUGGCCCAAGUGCUUGAGAGACCCAGAAGAAGCUCCAGGCUCCAGACUCCAGGCUCCUGGCUUCAGAUCAGUCCAGCUCCAGCCAUUGCAGCCAUUUGAGUAGUGAACCAGUGGAUGGAAGAUCUCUUUGUAACUCCGCCUCUCAGAUAAAUCUUUUUUAAAAUAUUGCAGUUCAAGAGAAAUCCAAGAUUUCCACUUAAGGAAAUCUAGUGCCACCUAUUUAAUGGUGAACUGUAUUUCUGCCUUCGGAUCCUUGACAUUCAAACAUUAAAAGUAGUUGUUGAUAAUCUCACAAUAAAUUGAUCAAAACCAUUCAUUCAUUUUAUAAUAAGUAAUUCCUUUUCCAAAUAUUGUUUAUAAACUCUCGAUGAGAAAAUAGCUUAAGAUGACAAAGAGCUCUACAUGUAUGAUGCUCAAUUCUAUGUUAUGUGUUGUUUAUCACAAUAAAAACACCCACAGAGACACCAUUUAGAUUUGUAGGAUUUUUUGCUCCCCGGCCUAUUUAAAAUGAAAAGUCUUACUGAAUAUCUGUUUUUCUUUGGUUCUUCUCUAUUCAUAAAGGUACUUUUUAUUGUCCGGAACAAUUUGUGUUUUCCAUAGGAACUCCUUGCAUCACGUUUGUGGUGUAUGUUUAAAUUAACGUGAAAUUAUUUCUCCAGCUCCCGAGAGGAGUAUCUCAGCACAGUGCGGAUGAUUUGAUUUCUGUGCGCUGCAAUCUGAGGGAGAGGGUUAAAAUAAACGUGGGGUUGAUGAUAAAUGCCUGGUGUGGAGAGGAAUGUGGUGAGGAAGCCGGAGCGAGACGCAGCAGGGUGCACGUGUGAAAGGCUGGUAAACAUUCUCUGUGUGAGCAUGGCCCUCCCACUGCAAAGAAAGUUCUGAAGGAAGACACCCUAUGACAGGAGCCAGCACAGGCCAGCCGGCACAGUGCUUUGGAGGGACGCAUGUUUCUCACCAGUGUCCCUGCACUGACUUUUUCAUCCUGCGUUCAAUGACUGACGCUCAGUGUUGAGCACCUCUUGCUUUUGCUUUUGUGUUGCACAUCAGAGCUGCUGGGGUAGGGGAGAGGUGCCUGAUCUCGCUGGCAGGUGCAGCACCCAGGGAAACAGCUUCGUCUCCCUGUAAGAUGGCAGACAGCAGACAUCUGUGGAGUGAAGCAAGCUCUCUCCUGGUUCAUUUUUUUUUUUAAAGUAUUUAUUAAGCCUUGUGGCUUUUGUCUUCUCUUUUUUAUAAUUUAUUUCAAAGCAGCAGCAUCCAACAAACAUUCCACAUCCACUCUACCAGUAAAUACUUGUGCAGUGAAUGACCAUGCAGAACAGCCAAAGGUGAAAGUCUAAUUUAGAAAAUGAAAGGGCUGGCGUUGUGCUGCGGUGGGAUUGGCCACCACUUGGGACACCUGUCUGCCGUCUCCCAAGUUCCAGUUCAAGUCUCGGCUGCUGCUCCGCUUCUGAUCCCGUUCCCUGCCAAUGCACCUGGGAACCAGCAGUUGAUGGCUCAAGUACUUGGAGUUCCUGCCACCCACGUGGGAGACCCACGUCUCCUGGCUCCUGGCUUCAGCUUGGCCCAGCUGUUGCAGCCAUUUGGGGAGUGAACCAGUGGAUGGAAGAACAGAAGUUCUGUCUUUGUCUCUUUCUCUCCCUGUCUCAAUCUGCCUUUCAAAUAAGUAAAUAAAUCUUUUUAAAAAAUGGAGAACACGUUCAUUAAUGUAUUCUCUUUUUUUGCCCCCAAAUUUAAACUGAAUUAAGCCUGCUAACAUCGAGAAUAUAAUCAUAAUUUCAUUUACUC